GUCCGGGGCACGUAGCUCUGACUCAGAACUUGUGCACGCACCAUUGUUUUGCGUGAAUUGUUUUAUAUGACAACUCGAGAUUGCUGAUUGUAGAAGUUUUUCAUUCCAACCGAAAGCCUUUGCAGUUUUCUGCGCAGUCAAGGAACACGAACAAGAAAAUGCUGACAUUUCUCUUCCUCAUUCAUCUAAUGGCCUUUUCGACAGAAGCUCAGGUUACAGAGUGUUCAUUCGGUGGAGGUUUUCCAGGGGAUGAAGUUUUUUGUGAAGGGUACACAGAACAAGGUUCACCAUGCACAAAUGAAAAAGAAUGUUGUAGAAACCCCGUAAAAGGGGUGAUGGAGGGGUGUUACAAUAUGUCACUUAUUCAAGAACGCAAUCUGUGGAAGCCACCUCGUGUCUGUCCUGCUCGAGACUUUAGCUUCAAAAAAAAGAAGAACUCAACGAACAAAGCCAUAGACGGUCACGUGAUUGUUAAUCAUAAGGUCGUAUCUCUUCCUCAAUGCGGUGACUUCUGCAUACGUGAGCCUCGAUGCAGUGCGUUUAAUCUGGAAACUUUCACAGAUCACGAGGGUAAAAUGGAGUGUCAGCUGAUGGACAAUGUUUUGAACAUUGUCAACAAGAGUGGCUUUGGUUUCUGGCUUUUCGACAGAGAGUCGUAUAAAGAGACAUUUCUGUCACCAUUUUGCGAAUCCUAAAAUCAGGGAAAAGCAUCAUGCGGUAGAAACCAAAAGACUUGAAAGAGGAGAGAAAAAUACAGCAGCCACUACAUGUCAAAAGAAGUGAAAACCAUUUUUAAUCUUCACAAAGCUCAUGUAAGCUUUUCAUUGGAAUUUUUGAAAAACCCCAAAAAAUAUAAUAAUUGCGGAAUUUUUCUCAAUGAUAGCUUACUCUAUUAGUAAGUUAUAACGAGUUGUCUUAGAGGGUAAUUUUGGUAUUAUUAACUGAGCUGGUAACAUAAAUCGGCCACUGUAAAGACGGUUUAAAGCCGAAGUUUCGAGCGUUAGCCCUUUGUCAGACUCUUUACGGUGGCGAAUUUACGUUAUCAACUCAGUUGAUAAAAACCAAAUUACCCUGUUACUGACUCUCCCACCGACGCAGCACCAUAGUUUCUUUAGAAACUUACCCCCUUUACUGAUUUGUUUUAGACCCGAUUAACACUCUCUGGCUUAUCUCCGUACAAAACCUUUUCGUUCCCGUGACAAUCAGACCUAGCUUCACUGCAAUCUUUCCUCAAGCAACUCAAUCAUGGUAUUCAUAGCAUCUCUAGCGGGCAUAAAAUUAAUAAUCAAAAGUAAUUUUCACAAGAUUUUUGAGUGAUGAGUUUAGACAUGCUGUUUACGGUAGCAGCAAAACGUCAAAAUAAGUGUUUUAGUAUAAUUGCUCAGAUGUUUUCGAAUUCUAAUGUAAAUUCGUUUUGUUGUUAAAAACCACUCCGUGAUCGAAUAAAGAUGGCUUUGCGCGUGUUA